AUGGCUGCUCUUUUGCUGUUAAUGCUUUCCAUAUUUUUAAUCUCUGCUCUUCCUCAUUCUCUCAGUAGUCUCUCUCACCGUCAUCAACAACAAGAAGAAUUGCUGUUGCGAUUCAAAGCUGCCGUUUCAAAGAACGGCACUUCUCUGACUGACUGGAGUCCCCUUUACCACUUCUGCAACUGGCCUGCAAUUACCUGUGAUUCUUCUUCGCACUCUGUCCGUGUCAUCAAUUUAUCCUAUAUGAGCUUAGAUGGCACCAUUUCUCCUGUGCUGGGGAAUCUCUCCUCUCUUCGAUCCCUAGAUCUCUCCUUCAAUAACCUCACUGGUACCAUUCCACCUGAAUUCGGCCAACUCCCACAUCUUCGAUACCUAGAUCUCUCUGUCAGUCAAUUACAAGGAACCAUUCCGUCUGCUCUCGCUGCUUGCCGCAGUUUGUAUCUUCUGGUACUCUCCUUUAACCAAUUGCAUGGUAGCAUUCCGCCUGAGCUGAGUCUUCUCACAAGUUUGAAGUUCCUCAUCUUGGCCUCAAACAGUCUUACAGGUACCAUUCCUCCCUCUUUCAAAAAUAUGUCUGCCUUAAAUGAAUUGGAUUUGGGCAUUAACAGUCUCUACGGCCCCAUUCCUCUUGAAUUGGACAUGCUCACUCACCUACGUUAUAUUAAUUUUCGUACAAAUAACUUAUCAGACACCAUUCCAAAUUCUUUAGGAAAUCUGUCUGCCCUGAUUUUUCUCCAUUUGGAAUAUAACCAUCUCCACGGCCCCAUUCCUCCCGAGUUGGGCAUGCUCAGUGACAUAAAGGAGCUUUACCUUGAGAUAAAUAACUUAUCAGGCAGCAUUCCCAGCUUUUUAACAAAUCUUUCUAAAUUGAAUGCAUUAACUUUAUCUGGCAACCAGCUAAAUGGGCAUAUUCCAUGGGAACUUGGUACCAAGCUCUCUAAUUUGGUAAAACUUGGUUUAUGGGGAAAUCAGCUUAGUGGAAACAUACCGAACUCGCUUGGAAAUUGUUCCAGUAUGGAAUUACUUAUUUUAAAUGAUAACCAACUGGGUGGAAAUGUUCCAGUGGAGCUGGCGACAGCAGUGGCACAUUGGCCUUUCUCACUGCUCUCACAAAUUGCUCCCACUUGCAAGAACUUGAUGUGA